CCCCGAUGCUUAGUGCUGUGCACUUCAGUGAUCCCUUGUCAGCUGGGCCCCAGUCAGGAAGAGGCCAGGCCCCUGUCUAGAUAGAAGUAACUGCUGGUAUGCAGGAGACCGCCCCACUACUGCUCGCAGUCACUUGCCUGGCUGUCUCUUAUAACAUUACACAAGCGUCACCCUGACCGUACAGAUAUAUCCUGUAUACAGUAUAGUCCCUGCAGUCACCAUGGGGCUGUGGGGCUUUAUCUCCUGGGUCUUUCUGCUGCUGCUGGCUGUGGCUGUGAUCUCUUUCCUCCUGUAUUGUGGAUACAUCCACUACAUUCACAUGAAGUAUGACCACAUCCCCGGCCCCCCCAGAGACAGCUUUUUGUUUGGACAUUCCCCAACAAUACUGAAGAUAAUGAGGAGCGAUGGACUUGUGUAUGACCUGUUUAUGGAUUGGGUUCUGAAAUAUGGUCCAGUGGUACGGAUUAAUGGUUUCCACAAAGUGACACUUUUAGUUGUCAGCCCUGAUGCAGUAAAGGAAUUUCUGAUGGUUCCAAAAUACAAGAAGGCUUGGUUCUAUGAGCGUUUGUCUAAAAUAUUCGGGAUCCGGUUCAUGGGAAAAGGUUUAGUGACAGAUCGAGAUAAUGAUCAUUGGCACAAACAGAGGAGGAUUAUGGACCCGGCAUUCAGUAGAACCUACCUGAUUGGGUUAAUGGAGCCCUUCAAUGAGAAAGCGGAGAACCUGAUGGAGAUGCUGACAAGGAAGGCUGAUGGGAAAUGUCAUGUUGGAAUGCACAGUCUGAUGAGUAGGGUCACCCUGGAUGUAAUAUCAAAGGUUGCCUUUGGGAUGGAGUUGAACUCUCUGGAGGAUGAUCAGACACCAUUUCCACGGGCUAUAUCUCUGGCUAUGAGGGCUAUGGUGGAAAUGAGAAAUCCUUUACUCCAGUACUCUUUGGAAAAACGAGCCUUUGUAAAAGAUGUCAAGAAGAGUAUCCUCCUGCUGAGGAAAACGGGGAGAGAAUGCAUUGAAAGGCGGAAAAAGGCGAUAGAGGACGGAGAGGAAAUUCCGGUAGAUAUACUCACACAGAUUGUCAAAGGGGCAGCUCUGGAGGAGGACUGCGAUAUGGAGGAUUUACUGGAUAACUUUGUAACAUUCUUUAUUGCAGGUCAAGAAACAACAGCCAACCAAUUGUCAUUUGCUGUGCUGGAACUGGCACGUAACCCGGAGAUACUAGAAAAAGCCCAGGCUGAAGUGGAUGAAGUUAUUGGUGACAGAAGAGACAUUGAGUAUGAAGAUCUUGGGAAACUGCAGUAUUUGUCUCAGGUCUUGAAGGAGACCUUACGGCUAUACUCCACAGCUCCAGGUACAACACGGGCACUGGAAGAAGAAAUGAUCAUAGAGGGGGUGAGAAUUCCCCCUGAUACAACUGUGAUGUUUAACUCCUACAUCAUGCAAAGGAUGGAGCAGUUUUUUCCAGAUCCACUCGUCUUCAACCCAGACAGAUUUCACCCAGAUGCCCCAAAGCCGUACUUUUCCUAUUUCCCAUUCUCUCUGGGGCCACGAUCUUGCAUUGGACAAGUCUUUGCACAGAUGGAAGCGAAGGUGGUGAUGGCCAAAUUCCUGCAAAGAUUUGACUUUCAGCUGGUAGAAGGACAGAGCUUCAAAAUUUUGGACACAGGGACUCUACGCCCAAUGGGUGGGGUGAUCUGCAGACUGAGGCAGCGAACAAACUCAGGAAAAACAAAGAUAUAGACUUUUAUACUAUUAAUAUUUUAAACAUCAGGAAUUUACGGUGUCAUUUGUAUUUGUAACAAUGAUUAAAGGGGCAGCACAGUA